UAAUGGACUGUGCCUGGCUCGGUUUAGGCGUACCACAGAGACUCCGCGAUCACAUUUAGAUAUUGACCGCAGCAGAGUAAACACCUCUUAAAUCGCGAUGGCCCCGUUGCUCUACAAAAAGGACAUGAGUGCCCCUUGCAGGGCCGUCCUCCUUACAGCCCAAGCAAUCGACCUCGAGCUCGACUUCAAAGACGUGGACAUGCUCAACAAAGAGCACCUCGAGGAAGAUUUCAUCAAGUUGAAUCCUCAACACGCAGUACCAGUCUUAGAUGAUGAAGGCUUCAUCCUGUGCGAAAGUCACGCAAUCAUCGUGUAUUUGGUAUCCAAAUACGCAGGGGACGAUUCGUUGUAUCCGGAAGAUCUGCAGUUGAGAAGCCAGAUCAACCACAAGUUGCACUUCGACGGAGGCGUCCUCCAAAAUUUGAUGCGUCAAAUUAUUGGACUCUUCAUAUUCGAAGGCGCCAGUUCCAUUCCGGAAAAGAUCGUAGACAGCGUAAUCGAAUCGUACAGUUUCCUUGAAGCCUUUUUGCAGGAUAAAGAGUGGUUUGUCGGUGAUUCGGUGACCCUUGCAGAUUUGUCGUUGAUUCCGUCUGUUACCACGCUCAACGUAUUAGUUCCCAUUGACGGGGACGCUUGUCCCAAAUUGCUUGAGUGGAUAAGUAGAGCGGAGGAAUUGCCCUAUUAUUCUGCGAACUCCGCCGGUCAUGAAGAACUCGUUAUCUUCGUAAAGAAUAUUCUGGGCGCAUAAGUCCAUACGAUUUUACCAUUGCAAUCAGCGAUUUAGUAUGUGAAUAUAGUUCCUUGUGGAAACAAUGAGUUGCUUAUACCUGCUUUAUAUUAAUAAAAUGUAACGAAGAAACUUA